AUGCUUUGUUUAGCACGCCAUUUCAAAAUAGACUUUAAUGCAAGAUCAAGUUCUAUUCUCAGUGAACGUUUGCUAAGUGAUAAAAACAGUUUUCACGGAGUUGCGAGCGAUCGCACUAGACGCAGCCGCUCCCCUCCCCGCGCCCCGCGCCGCGAGCCCCGCCCGCGCCCCCCGCACGCCCCGCGCGUGUCGCGCUUUCAUAGAAUAUACAAACAAAUAAUUCUUAUAAGAAAUUGGCGUGUCGAGAGAGGUUCGCACGCCUCAUCUUUGAUACAGGCAGAGCGCGGCUCGCGCCGCCAUUCUGGAUAUUUUGACGGGAAGGUCGGUCACGUGACGCGGUGGCGCGGCGGGGCGCGCGGGGGGCGCCGGCUAGACUCUCCAGUAGCCGCGCCGGCCGUCUGCCGCUCCACUGCGCGCCGGAACACUCGCCCUCCGCGCCCGCACACGCGACCCGCCGGCGAGCGACGCGGACGUUCCACGCGCGACCUUUUGCUUCUCGAGUCGAGGGCGGCCAACGCGCGGCCGCGGCGACUGCGACACGACACGGGCGGGCCCCGUCGGACCGCCUGGGCCUCGGUGGCGUAUUUUUGCACGGUUUCGCUCGCGGUUCGCGGCCCGCGCGGCUUGUGCGCUGCGCGGCGACGGGGCGAAGGCGGGCGGGGGGCGACGCGGCGGCAGACAUGGCCGGGCCGCCGGGGCGCGCGCCCGCCGGCCGCUAGUCGCGCCACGGCCGGCAGCGCGACGACCAUGGACGUGGUCACCCCGCACAUCACCUCGGUGUUGAGGACGUACCAGGCGAGCGCACCGCGCAGCCUGCAGGGCCCGGGCGGUGCGCCACCGGCCCGCACGCCCGCGCCUAGCGCGCCGCGCACUACCCACGCCCACGCGCCGCCCAUCCUGCUGACCGCGGACCCGGUGCUGGGCGAGCGCGGAGAGACUGCCCUGGAGGGUGAACGUAUUUCGUGCUUCAGCGUGGGCGGUGAGCGGCGGCUAUGCCUGCCGCAGAUCCUGACGUCGGUGCUGACGGACUUCAGCCUGGAGCAGAUCAACCGCGUGUGCGACGAGUUGCAGAUCUAUUGUUCGCGAUGCACGCCCGAGCAGCUGCACGAGCUGAAGGCGACGGGUGUGCUGCCGCGCUCGGCGCCAUCGUGCGGGCUGAUCACGCAGACGGACGCAGAGCGGCUGUGCGCGGCGCUGCUGCACGCGCCGGCGGGCGGUCGGCGCGCGCUGGCCGGCUUCCGUGUAUACCACGAGUGCUUCGGGGGCGCGCGCGGCGUGUGCGCGGCGGGGCUGGCGCUCGUGCAGUGCGUGGAGUGCCGCGGUGUGUUCGCACCGCGCCGCUUCGUGUGCCACUCGCACGGCACGGAGCACCGCACCUGCCACUGGGGCUUCGACUCGGCGCGCUGGCGGCGCUUCCUGCUGGUGGCCGAGGACGAGCGCGAGCGCGACAAGUGCGCCGCGCUGCUCGACGACCUGGACGCCGCCACCGCCCAGCACACACCCCACUCGCCAGCCACACCUGCCACCGCGCUCGUCAAGAAUCAGAUACCGCUCAAGAGAAAACAGGUGUUGGAGACAGUCGUCUGCAAGCCAGAGCCGCCAGAGUCACCCCCAAAGAAGGCAAGAAGCGAAGAGUACAGCUAUGCGAUAUAUCUCGAUCCAUACGCUCACUUGCGGUAUAGAACCGUACCGGCCUUCAGACCGUGGGGAAAGAGAGAACCUGAACUUCAAAACCCCGAACGAGUCGUCCGUGUGGCUGACUGCACUAGGUUCGAGCAGGACUUUCAGCCGAAUGUAGCUUUAAAACCCUUGACACCCCCUGUGGAUGAUGUCACGUCAUCCACCUCACCGCCUCCCUCAGACCCUGAACUAACUGCCAGGCUUCUAGACGCUGAAGCCAGAUUAUCUGAAAGAGAAAGACAGUUAGACGAGCGAGAAGCCGAAUUAGCGAGGAGGGAAGCAAGGCUCGAAGAACGGGAAAGGGAGUUAGAGCAACGGCUCCUGGACCUAGAAGAUGGGUCAGAAAAGCCCGAGCCCAACGCGUCUCCAACAGAACCGCCGCCGUGU